UUCACUCACAGCAUGUCAUCCUCCAGUGGUCCACUAAAUGAGGAGCUCCAGUGCUCCAUCUGUCUGGAUGUGUUCACUGAUCCAGUCACCACUCCAUGUGGACACAACUUCUGCAAAACCUGCCUGAACAAGUGCUGGACAAACACACAGUCCUGCUUCUGUCCACUCUGUGAAGAACAAUUCAGCAAAAGACCUGAUCUUGAGAUUAAUACAAAACUCAUAGAGGUUGUGCAACACUUUAAGGAGAAGCUCAAUCUAGGAAAAUCUGAGGUGUUGUGGGACUUCUGUGAUGAAAGAAAGCAGAAAGCCGUGAAGUCCUGCCUGACGUGUCCAAGCUCUUACUGUGAGACUCACCUGGAGCCACAUCUCAGAGUCCCACGUCUAAAGAAACAUACACUGAUCAACGCUGUGGAAAAUCUGGAGGAUUAUGUAUGCCGGAAACAUGAGAGACCUCUGGAGCUGUUCUGCAGAGAUGAUCAGACGUGUGUGUGUUUGUUCUGCACUGAAGGAGACCACAGGACUCACAACACUGUUCCUAUAGAGGAGGAGAGUCGAAAGAAGAAGAUUCAGCUGGUUCAGACACAGACAGACGUGCAGCAGAUAAUCCAGAACAGAAUGAAGAAGAUUGAAGAGAUCCAGCACUCAGUAGAGCUGAGAAAGAGGAACACAGAGGAAGAGAAAUCGGCCAGUGUUGAGCUCUUCACUGAUCUGAUCCGCUCCAUUGAGAGAUGUCAGUCUGAGCUGCUGAAGAUCACUGAGCUGAAAAUCACUGAGCUGAAGAGGAGAAACACUGAGCUGGAGCAGCUCUCACACACUGACGAUCAUCUGCACCUCCUGCAGAUGUUCUCAUCCUUGUACAGUCAUGUACAUACAAAGAACUGGACUGAGAUCAGUAUUGACUGUGAUGUGAAUGUGUACUCUCUGAAGAAUGUUCUGAUUCAACUGGAGAAAACUCUAGAUGGGACUCUAAAUAAAACUGUGUCCACAGGGUUGAAGUGUGUGCAGAAGUUUGCAGAGGAUGUGACUCUGGAUCCUGAUACAGCGAAUCCAUAUCUCAUCCUGUCUGAUGAUGGAAAACAAGUCAGUGAUGGAGACAUUAAGCAGGACGUCCCAGAAAACCCAAAGAGAUUUGAUGACUGUUCUUGUGUUCUGGCAAAGCAGGGAUUCAGUUCAGGGAGAUUUUACUAUGAGGUGCAGGUGAAGGGAAAGACUGAGUGGAGUUUAGGAGUGGCCAGAGAAUGCAUUAACAGGAAGGGUACAAUCACACUGACUCCUGAAGAUGGAUUCUGGACUGUGAUUCUGAGGAAUGAGAAUCAAUAUACAGCUUGUGAUAAUCCACCUGUCUCUUUCUCUCUGAGAGAGACACCUGAGAAGGUGGGAGUGUUUGUGGAUUAUGAGGAGGGUCUGGUCUCUUUUUAUGACGUGGAGUCCAGCUCUCAUAUCUACUCUCUCACUGGUCAGACUUUCACUGACAAACUCUAUCCAUAUUUUAACCCAUGCCAUAAUAAUGAAGGCAGAAACUCAAACCCACUAAUCAUCUCACCUGUCAAUUGAAAUGAACACAUCUUCCCUGAACACAAAUUGCCCUGAAAUAUGAAACAUGAAAACUGGACAUAUUAACU